AUGACAUUCAUUGCGCAGGUCGGUCUCAUGAUCCCCCUCCGCGAUACGAUACAUCUUCGCCAUCCUUGUGUCUACCGUGAAGCUGAUGGGAUCCCGACGCCACUGACAGACUACUGCGACAAGCAUUCAUUGAUCCUGCUGCCGCGCCCAACAUCACAGCAGGCAGGGUUGAUUGAUCACUCGGUGUUGCUGGAAGCUAAGGAAAGCUGCAGGGUGGCGGGUGUGGCCUUUGACGUUGACCUACCGUCGUCGACAUCGGACUCAUGGAAGAAACUUGUGAAUCACGAUAAUGUAAUUGUGACGCCGCAUAUUGGCGCAUUGACGACCGAAGCACGAGAAAAGGUGUCACGUGGCUUAGCUUGCAAGGUGAAUGACGCGCUGGAAGGAAAUUCGUUCAAGGGUGUGCUCAAUGCGCCGAAUAUUGACUUUGGCAAGCGUGGGGAGAUCGAGCCGUUGCUGUCACUAGCGGAAAAACUUGGCAGCAUGCAGGCAAAGUUGCUUGGCAUCAGCCGUUUGAAGCGCGUGCUUGUCAUUGCGGAAGGGCCUAGGGUCACGUCAUCAGAGCUUUCGAGCCAGUUGAUGAAUGGUGUACUGAAAGUUUUGCCAUCGCACUUGCUGGAGGAAGAAGUGACGUUUGCACACGCCAAGCAGCUAGCAGACAUCAUGGGCAUCCGGACUGAGAACGAGACAUCGAAGACGAUCACACCCACAGUGUUCGGCAAGGACCAAUUUCGUUUUGUGUCGUUUGAUGGUGUCCCGAUGGAUGCCAUUCCGAGCAAAUACAUGCUAUUGUUCAAUAACACUGACCGGCCUGGUGUGCUGCACAAAGCGAAUUCGGUGCUAGCGAAGCACGAGAUCAGCAUUAAAUGUUUUGAUCUGGCGCGAGAAAAUUUUGGCACCGCUGCUGUUGGUGUGAUGAAUGUUGACGAGGCCAUCCCCGAUACCGUUAGAGAGGAACUGGGAGGGCUGGGCAUGCUCACCAAUCUUCGUCGUGCAAACUUGCUCGGGCUAGACUUGACCCUCCCUGAUCGUAUAUAG